AUGUCAAACCCAACACAGCUGCUGCUUCUUGCGGACCACAUCAAGUUGUCACUCCUAGAGCGGCAGCGCGCUAUCUCGCUGAACCUCGAUCCCGUCCCGUCCCAAGACUCCAACAUCGCUCGCUCCCUAGAAUCUUUUCGUGAAGGCAUUGAAUCGCUCGCCGCUCGAUCUGCUACCGAUGACGAAUCCCUAAAUCAACUCCGCUCUCAGUACAAUGAUCUUUCCCGGCAGUUCCACGGCGAGAACUCUAGCACCGCCGCCACCACUCUCGCAUCUCCCAACGACCCUACCCUAAAGGACGACUUUGCUCGGGCGCAGACUCGGAAGUCCAGCGAAGGUCGACAGCAACGUGCUUCCAACCUGCGGAAACAAGAUGCUGGGCAGAGCCAAGCUGCGAAGAAUGUCCGAUUCCGCGAUAAUCCCUCUCAAGAAUCUCUGGACGAAGAGGACGAUACGAUCCGGGCCGCCCUGUUCCCGUCACGAUACACCGACGAAGAGGCCGGUCGUGUACAAACCCCCGACCCUACGGAGUCGAUGUCCAAUGUACAGAUUCAUGCGUACCACAAGCAAGUCAUGGCCGAACAAGACGAACAACUUGACCGGCUGGGCGAGUCAAUCGGGCGUCAGCGACAUCUAGCCCUCCAGGUGGGAGACGAGCUGGAAGGACAGAUUGCUCUGUUGGAUGAGGUGGAUCGUGGCGUGGAUAGGCAUCAAGGUCGAUUGGACGGCGCGAAGCGGAGGUUAAAGGGCGUGAGUCGGAAAGCGAAGCAGAAUUGGGGCAUGACGACGAUCAUCGUCUUGAUAGUCAUUCUGCUGCUAUUGAUUGUGCUUUUGAAAUGA